AUGGCCACCAACGGCACCUCCGGCAGCGCCAAUGGCACCGCCCACGCCGCAACAACCCCAACAGACAUGCGCGCCUACCGCGCCCCGUCCCUCCUGCAGCCUCACCGCGCGCGCAACGCCCUCCGCGACGCACACGAGGGCAGGAUCCCCCCUCUCCAAGUCUACUUCCUCAUGCUCUCCGCCCCGUCGAUCAUCAAGGUCAUCGCACAGGUCGGGUACGAUGUUAUCCUCAUCGACCAGGAGCACUCGCCCAUGGACAUUGGUGAGAUGACCAGGAUGGCGCAUGAUAUCCAGUUGGUCAGCGAGGGAAGGACAAUGGCGUGGAUCAGAAUCUGCGGCCACGAUCACGCCAACAUCGGAUACGCCCUCGACACGGGAGCUAGCAUCAUGGUCCCGCAAGUCGAGACGGUCGAGGACGCGAAACACAUUGUCUCCGCCGCCAAAUUCGGCAAGAAGAUCAACGGCACCCGCUCCGCGCCCCCCGGACGCUGGCUCCCGGGCAUCUCAGACACAGGCGUCAACCCCGAGCUCACCCUGUGGGAAAACCUCAACAACCAAGCCGCCAUCAUCAUCCAAGUUGAAUCCAAGGAGGCCGUCGACAACCUCGACGCCAUCCUCACCGAGUGCGGUGAGCACAUCGAUGCGGUGUGGCUCGGCUCGCUCGAUUGCAGAGUUUCCAUGGGCCUUCCGGGCUUCUGGGGCGAGGAGCCGGAGUUCCUAGAGGUCAUUGAGACGAUGAACAAGACGCUGAGGAAGCAUGAUAUGCCGUAUGCGGGAGCGGCGAUGGGGACGCCCGAGCAGGUGAAGGCGAUGGGAGAGGGUAAAGCGUUUACGGCUGUGCAGGGGGAUGUGUUUUCGUUGCUGGCGGCGGCGGCGGAGAAUUUGGGACAGGCGAGGCAGUUUAUGCCGGCGGUGAAUAUUUCGGCCGCGAAUAAGAAGGCGAGGGAGCUGGAUGUGCGGUGAAUAGGGGUGUAAUGGUCGCGGGAAGAUGGAGGGGGGUAUGGCCGUUCUGGGUGUGUGUUAGAUAUAGACAGAGCCUUGGGGAGGGUGGA